UGGGUCUUCUCCGCUUCAAACGAUGUCGUUUGGGGGUCUCAAUUAUUCCAACACUUUUCUCCAAAUCUCACCGAACGGUUUUCUUCUUUUGAUUUUUCUCGAGAAAAUCUAGCUUUUUCCCGAGAAAUUCGAUUUUUCUCUCUGAUUUAAUCAGUGGAUUACUGGUAACUUGAGGAACGUUACUUAUGGAUCGGAGGAGGGCGGGUAGCCCAGUGUAUGGUCGCCAGUGGAGCGAUACAUCGAACAGUACCGAAUCGUCGUCGCCGACGAUGUCUCCUGCUCACCGGAAACAACUGGGAGGCGUGGGAGGUUUCUCCACCGCCAAGCGGUCUCAAAACGUUGCUGCCAAAGCGGCGGCUCAGAGAUUGGCUAAGGUGAUGGCCUUGCAGAACAAAGACAACGGAGACGAAGAUGAGGAAGACGAGGAUGAAGAUCUAAGCCUCAGAUUCGCACCUGCUUCUCUGAAACCCGCUCGUCACGCACCUUCUUCUCUAUCCUCCACUGGGAGCAAUAACAGCAACGGAGAUAGUAAACCGCCGGCUGUUUCCUUCGCUCUCCGCAACAGAUCGCCGUCGCCUGCGUUAGGUAGGAACUUCGUUGAGCAAGUGCCUUCGGUUCGUUCUGCUUCAGCCGGAAGGCCGUCGAUAUCGACUAGAUCCACGACUCCGACUCCGACUCCUAAUCCAAUGCCCCCAAGCAGGGUGUCGCUGAAAGCUCCGAGUGCUAUUCCUCCACUUGAUCCUCCAACUAGGAACAGAGAUAAAAGGUUUUUUGCUGAUCUACCAUCAGUAAAUUCAAAAGAAAAGGGUGAUCAGCGGGAAGCUUCAGCUCUUCGUGAUGAACUGGAUAUGCUACAAGAGGAGAAUGAGAUUGUACUGGAGAAGCUUCGCCGUGCAGAGGAAAAAAAGGCGGAAGCAGAAGCUAGGGCUAAGGAGCUUGAGAAACAGGUUGCCUCUCUUGGUGAAGGAGUGUCUCUGGAGGCAAAACUGUUAAGCAGGAAGGAAGCAGCAUUGCGUCAAAGAGAGGCUACUCUAAAUGCUGCUAAACAGAAAAACAAUGGGAAGGAUGAUGUACUUGUUUCUCUACGGUCAGAACUUGAGAGCUUGAAAGACGAGGCUACUACCGCUGCAGAACGGCUUCAAGAAGCAGAGUCUGAAGCGAAAUCUCUUCGCACAAUGACUCAAAGGAUGAUUUUAACACAGGACGAAAUGGAAGAAGUAGUCCUGAAGAGAUGUUGGCUUGCCCGAUAUUGGGGUUUGGCUGUGCAAUACGACAUUUUUGCGGAUAUAGCACUAUCCAGGCAUGAGCAUUGGUCGGCGUUGGCUCCUCUUCCAUUUGAGCUUGUCACCUCUGCAGCACAGAAGGCCAAGGAUUUAUCUUGGGAUAAAGGCUCGUCUAAAUUCUGCUUUAGUUUAAACUGUAACGUAUACCUUGCUUAUUGUUUUGUUCGCAAUGAAGCAGGUGGGAAUGAUCGGAAUAGAGCUGCUAGAGAUUUGAGUGAUCUAACUGGAGAAGGAAAUAUUGAAAGUAUGCUUUCAGUUGAGAUGGGUUUGAGAGAGCUAGCAUCAUUAAAGGUUGAGGAUGCUAUCGUUCUUGCAUUUGCCCAGCAGAGAAAACCAAGUUUGAUACGUCAAACUGUUUCUGAUCACAAAGGUCAUGGAGAAUCCAGAUUUGUAGAUGCAUAUGAAUUGGGUGAAGCGGAACAAGAAGAUGUUGCCUUUAAGCAGGCAUGGCUGAUGUACUUCUGGGGCAGAGCCAAGUUACUGGGUGUGGAAGAAGACAUCGCAGAAGAACGUGUCCAGCUAUGGAUCAGCCGUAGCAACGGGAAAUCAACUACUUCUCACGAUUCCUUGGAUGUGGAAAGAGGAUUGAUAGAGCUAAGGAAACUGGGAAUAGAACAACAGUUAUGGGAAGCUUCUCGAAGAGAAAUUGAUCAGCUUCCAUCUCCCACCUCUUCUCCUUCGAAUCACGAUCUCGAUGCUGAUCCAUAGUUCAAGCUUUUUCCUCUCCUGUAAUUUGUUGCUUCCUCACUACGGUAUAUGAAAUUUUCGGUUUGUAUAUUUAUUUCUUUUCAUGCAAGUUUCACGAAGAAUCUGUGCUCUCUUUUUUCACACUUGGAUUGUGUAAGCUUUGGUACUCUUAAAUUCGCAACUCAAGUUUUACAA